AUGUCUGGGGAGUCAACGCCAAAACGAUAUGAGGGAGACGUGGACUCGCUGGCGGUGGGCCAGCUGGCCCAGGGGUUCCUGGUCUCAGACCUCUCUCGCGAGCUCUCCCGCUUGACGUACGAGGGAGGCCAUCUUCCAGUGAAUUCGCCAGACUUCGACUUAUCUCGGCUCCUUCACACCUACGUCAAGCAGUCAGAGCAUGACGGCAUCCAUUUGCGCCAGUUGGGCGUCUCCUUCGAAGACCUUUCGGUGCACGGGAUCGACCAGAGCUACGCUUUUUUGCCCACCGUCAGCGGCGUGUUGAAAUUGCCCUUGACAAUCUACCGUGCUGUGAAGGAAGCCCGUCACCGGCCCGAACGAGCCAUUUUGCUGGGCAUGGACGGCUACGCCAAGCAGGGCGAGAUGGUGCUUGUGCUAGGCCGCCCUGGUGCUGGGUGCCUGACGCUACUCAAGGCGCUCAGCGGCACCGAUUUGCAGCUGUACACGAGGCUCGAGGGCUCAGUUGAGUACGACGGCAUUUCUCAGAAGGAGAUGCUCAAACGGUUUAAGCAGGAUUUGGUCUACUGCCCAGAGCUCGAUACUCAUUUUCCCCACUUGACUGUGCAACAGACACUCGACUUUGCCAUUGGGUGUCGGACGCCACAUCGCAGGGUCAACAACAUGUCCAAGGAAGAGUAUGUGGCGUUCAUGAGGGAUAUGUUGGCCACGGUGUUUGGCCUCAGGCACGCCUACAGAACGAAGGUGGGCAAUGAGUACGUGAGAGGAUGCUCUGGUGGCGAAAGAAAGCGUGUGUCCAUAGCAGAGGCUUUGGCCUGUCAGGGGUCUGUUUACUGCUGGGACAAUGCCACCAGGGGGCUCGACGCCUCGACGGCGUUGGAGUAUGCCCAGGCAAUUAGAGUCUCUACAAAAUUUGCUAGAUCUACUGCUUUUGUUUCGCUUUACCAGGCUUCUGAGAACAUCUACACGACUUUCGACAAGGUUCUCGUCUUGUACAAGGGCAGGAAAGUGUAUUUUGGGCCAGUGGACGAGGCCAAGGCGUAUUUCGAGGAGAUGGGCUAUGAGUGUCCUGCCAGACAGACCACGGCUGAGUUCUUGACUGCUGUGACUGAUCCUAUUGGCCGUUUUCCAAAGCCUGGGUUUGAGAAUAAGGUUCCUAGAACCCCCGACGAAUUUGUCACUUACUGGAAGAAGUCUCCUAAUUACAAAAAAGUUCUUCAAGAAAUUGCUAGCUACAAGGCCUCUGUUUCUGCUGAUGAGACAAGACAACAGAUGAAAAUCUCUGUGAAACAAGAGAAGCAGAAGUUUCAGAGAGCUGGCUCUGUUUUCACCGUUAACUUUUAUGAGCAGUUCAGACUCAAUUUGAAGAGGGCUUUUCAAAAUACGUGGGGAGACAAGGCAUACACCAUCAUUCAGGCAGUUGCUGCGCUUGUGCAAAGUCUUAUUGUUGGAUCUCUUUACUAUAACACUCCAGACAACGUGACUGGAUCAUUCUCGCGAGGAGGCGUCAUUUUCUUCUCUGUGUUGUACUUGUCGUUGACUGGAUUAGCAGAAGUCUCCAACUCGUUCAAGGCCAGGCCCAUUUUGUUGAAGCAGCACAACUACUCCUUAUACCAUCCCGCUUCGUUUGCAAUAGCAGAGGCCAUUUCAGUGGCCCCUGUGAACCUCGUUAUCACCACGGUUUUCAGUCUUGUGCUUUACUUUCUCUCCAAUCUCAACAGAGAUGCGGGCAAGUUCUUCAUUUUCAUCUUGUUCAGUUACUUGGUUUCUUUGGUGAUGGGCUCCUUGUUCAAAGCAGUCGCAGCUUGGAAUAAGACAAUCUCUUCUGCCAAUGCGUUUUCUGGUGUGCUCAUAUUAGCCUCAUUGAUGUACUCGUCGUACAUGAUCCAGACUCCAUCGAUGCACCCUUGGUUUCGCUGGAUCGGUUACAUCAAUCCUGUUCUUUACGGAUUCGAAGCGAUGAUCACUGCCGAAUUCCAUGGUCGGGAGAUGCCUUGCGAUACCAACUACUUGAUUCCGCGUGGGCCUGGUUAUACUACGGAAAACACUGUUUGUGGCUUCACCGGCUCGCUUCCAGGUGAAACUAUUGUAUAUGGGGAUCGAUACGUUGCUCAAUCUUUCAAUUACAGUUACAGCCAUGUGUGGAGAAAUUUUGGUAUUUUAAUCGGCUUCUUAAUCUUCUUCGUUUGUCUUUCUGCUAUCGGAUUCGAAGUAGUGAGACCUGUUUCAGGCGGUGUGGACCGGUUGUUUUUCCUCAGAAGUAAGUCCAAGAACGAUAUCAUCAUAAUCGACAACGAGAAAGCCCUGUCCCUGGACUCAAGUGAGGAAAAUGGUCCAUCUCAGGUACGUGAUUUAGAGAAAUCUGCUUCUUUGAGCGACGAAGAGACCCACAAAGCACUUGCAGACUUACAAGGUAAGGAUAUUUUUGUGUGGAAGAAUGUGGACUAUGAUAUCCCCUACAAUGGCGACCACAGAAGAUUGCUUGAUAACGUGUCUGGAUACUGCGUCCCUGGUAAGUUGACCGCAUUGAUGGGAGAGUCUGGAGCAGGUAAGACUACACUUUUGAACGCUUUAGCGCAAAGAACAGAUAUAGGUGUUGUCUCUGGUGAUAUCUUGGUGAAUGGUGGUCCUUUGGAUGCAUCUUUCUCCAGAAGAACUGGCUACGUUCAGCAGCAAGACAUUCAUCUUGCUCAAUCUACCGUUAGAGAAGCCUUGGUGUUCUCAGCUAAACUCAGAAGACUGAAAAAUGUACCAGAUAAAGAGAAGGUCGAAUAUGUUGAAAGUAUCAUUGAUGUGCUUGAAAUGAACGAGUAUGCUGACGCUAUUGUCGGCCAAUUGGGUUCAGGGCUCAAUGUGGAACAAAGGAAGAAGUUGACUAUUGGUGUUGAGCUUGUUGCAAAGCCUUCCUUGUUGCUUUUCCUCGAUGAGCCGACUUCUGGUCUUGACUCUCAGUCUGCAUGGGCCAUUGUGAAGCUUCUUCGUUCCCUAGCUAAUGCUGGUCAAUCAAUAUUGUGCACCAUUCACCAGCCCUCAGCCACGUUAUUUGAACAGUUUGACAGACUUUUGCUUUUGAGGAAAGGGGGUCAGACGGUCUAUUUCGGUGACAUUGGCGAUCACUCGAGAGUCAUUUUAGAUUACUUCGAGAGAAAUGGUGCAAGAAAGUGCUCAAUCCAUGAAAACCCUGCUGAAUACAUUUUGGAAGUUAUUGGAGCAGGUGCUACUGCUGUUGUGGAUCGGGACUGGUUUGAAGUCUGGCAGAACUCGCCAGAGAAGAAGAUAGCGAAUGAUCAAAUCGAAGAGUUCAUCGCUCAAGGUAAGGCUCAUGACACCUCCACAGAUUUCACACCCAAGGAAUUGCGUGAGCUACACAAAACUUACGCAACACCUACAUUUUAUCAGUUUGCUAUUCUUGUCAAAAGAAACUACCGGGCGUUUUGGAGAAACCCAGAAUACGUGAUGUCUAAAAUCUUUCUCAUGACAAUGAGUGGACUCUUCAUUGGCUUCACGUUCUUUGGCCUUAAGCAUACCUUGACUGGAUUGCAAAACGGCAUGUUUUGUUCUUUCUUGUCUGUGGUUGUCUCAGCCCCGCUCAUUAACCAGAUUCAAGAACAAUGUAUCGCUACCAGAGAGCUUUUUGAAGGUCGUGAGAGGAUGUCCAACACUUAUAGAUGGUGGCUAAUGGUGUUGGCGCAGUUUGUGACUGAGGUCCCCUAUAUGUUUGUUGGUGGGGCUAUCAUGAUUGUUUCACUCUACUUCCCUACGCAAUCAGACACCCUGGGCUCGCAUGCGGGUGUGUUUUACUUGACACACGGUAUAUUCCUCCAGUUAUUUAACAUUUCGUUUGCCUUCAUGUUGGUCUACAUGGCGCCCGAUAUUCUGUCUGCUGCAGUGUUGGCUUCGUUCUUCUUCUCCUUCAUUGUUGGAUUUUGUGGCGUUGUUCAGCCAAAGCAGUUGAUGCCUGGAUUCUGGACGUUUAUGUGGAAGGUCAGCCCCUACACCUAUAUCGUACAAAACCUUCUCUCCUCAUUUCUCCACGAGAGGGAGGUUAAGUGUUCAGAAAAAGAAUUGUCGUACUUGGAGCCUCCACAGGGCAAGAGUUGUGGUGAAUAUAUGGCUUCUUUUAUCGAAAAUGCUGGGGGCUACUUGCAAGACCCAAAUAGCACAGAGAGGUGUGGAUACUGUCGGUACACUGAUGCGGAUCAAUAUCUAUUGACGGUGUACACAAAGUAUUCCUAUAUCUGGCGAAACGUGGGGUUCUUUUGCGUGUAUAUCAUUUUCAACAUCAUCAUAUGUCUUGUCCUAUACAAGAUCUUCAGAUUGACUACCUGGAGAAUGCCUAAGAUAUUCAAGAGGAAAUCAUAA